AUGUCGGUCAAGAACGCCCACAACCCCUUCUCAACGCCGCUCGAGACCCUCUCGCACAAUGAUCCUCUCGCAGAGACUGCCGGCCUGAAGUCCGACUACGACAAGCGUGCAUACGGAGAAGCCAAUCCAUCUCUCGUUGGCACACUCGAAAAGGAUGACCUUGCCAAUCGACCCAUCGAUGCCGUCGAAGAAGUGCCCGCCACUUCCAUCCGCAAAUGGUGGGUCCGUCUCACCUGGUUCACUACCUGGUGGAUCCCUUCUUUCGCUCUUUCCAAAUGCGGCGGUAUGAAGCGUCCAGAUGUUCAGAUGGCAUGGCGUGAAAAGUUUACCAUCUGCGCCAUCAUCUUCUGGUUGUGCGCCAUCAUUCUCUUCUACAUUAUCGCCUUCGGUCGUCUUCUCUGUCCAGACUACGACAAGGCAUGGAACUUGAGUCAGCUAAGCCAGCACGCCGGCGAGACCGACUACUACGCCGCUGUCCGCGGUACUGUUUACGAUUUCACCAAGUUCUACCAUGGCGACCACUCGGACAUUCCCAACUUGCAGACCAGUUCCGACCUUAUGCUUCAGCUCGCAGGUCAGGAUCUCACCCAAUACUUCCCUGUCCCACUCACUGUCGGCUGCCAGUCGCUCGUGUCGGAUAGCUCGCUUGCCCUCAUGCCUACCGCCAACAACACUCCUGCCAUCUCUCAGGCUGUUCACACUUCCGGUCCCUUGCAAGGCGAUGCCAGUUCCAAGCUUCACGACAUCAACUGGUACCCCGACCGCUUCCUUCCCUUUGCCAACAAGCUCCGCAAAGGCUACUACGUCUACUCGAACAAGGACAUUGCCGAUCAGGGCCAGUACAGGCAGUGGGCUGUUGUCAACAGCAAGCUCUACGAUAUCUCGGACUAUCUCAACACCAUCUCCAUCUAUCAGACCAAUCCAGCCUACGAUUUCCUCGACUCUUCCAUCAUCUCGCUAUUCAAGUCGCAGGCCGGUGGUGACAUUACCGCCGAUUUCAACGAUGUUAUGAUGACUUUCAAUGAGACCUACCGUGGCGCUAUUCAGGCUUGUCUCGACAAUACCUUCUACGUCGGCAAGACUGACUUCCGUAACACGGCCAAGUGUCAAGUCCAGAACUACCUCUUGCUCGCCUUCUCCGUGCUUCUCGUCACCACGGUGUUGGCCAAGUUCAUUGCCGCUCUGCAACUCGGCACCAAACGGACACCCGAACAGCAGAACAAGUUUGUCAUUUGCCAGGUCCCAUGUUACACCGAAGGUGAAGAUGAGUUGCGAAAGACGAUCGACUCGUUGGCUGGUCUCGAGUACGACGACAAGCGCAAGCUCCUUUUCCUCAUCUGUGACGGUAUGAUUGUCGGCAGCGGUAACGACCGAUCUACACCCCGUAUCGUGCUCGACAUUCUCGGCGUCGACCCCAAGAUCGACCCGGAGCCUCUGAUGUUCAAGUCGGUUGCCGAAGGUUCCAAGCAGCUCAAUUACGCCAAGGUCUACUCGGGUCUCUACGAGUUUGAAGGUCACGUGGUUCCCUAUAUUGUCGUUGUCAAGGUCGGUCGUCCGAGCGAGCGUUCGCGUCCCGGUAACCGUGGUAAGCGUGACUCCCAGAUCCUGCUCAUGCGCUACCUCAACCGCGUCCACUUUGACGCUCCCAUGUUCCCCGUCGAGCUCGAAAUCUAUCACCAGAUGAAGAACGUGAUCGGUAUUGAUCCGGCAUUCUACGAGUACAUCCUCAUGGUCGAUGCCGAUACGCGCGUUGAGGCUGAUGGUCUCAACCGAUUGGUGGCCAACUGUGCCGAUGACUCGAGAGUCAUUGCGAUCUGUGGUGAAACGACGCUGGACAAUGCCGAGGGUACGUGGUGGACCAUGAUCCAGGUGUACGAGUAUUACAUCUCGCAUCAUCUGGCCAAGGCAUUCGAAUCGCUGUUUGGAAGUGUCACCUGUCUUCCCGGUUGUUUCUCGCUCUACCGUAUUCGAAGCUCGGACAAGGGACGUCCUCUGUUCAUCUCGAACCGCAUCAUUGACGACUAUUCGGAGAACCGGGUGGAUACACUGCACAAGAAGAACCUGCUCCAUCUGGGUGAAGAUCGAUACCUGACUACGCUCGUUCUCAAGAACUUCCCCACUUUCCGAACCAAGUUUAUCGCUCAUGCCAAGGCUUUGACGAGCGCUCCUGAGCGAUUUGGUGUCUUGCUCUCGCAGCGUCGGCGAUGGAUCAACUCGACUGUCCACAACUUGGCCGAGCUGGUGCUGAUGCCCGAGCUGUGUGGUUUCUGUCUGUUCUCGAUGCGAUUCAUCGUGUUUAUCGACUUGCUCGGUACUGUUAUUUUGCCUGCCACUGCCGUCUACCUGGUUUACUUGAUCGUCACUGUAGCGAGUCACCAGGCUGCGAUCCCGUACAUUUCGAUUGCCAUGAUUGCAGCAGUGUACGGCUUGCAGGCGAUUCUGUUCUUGCUCAAGCGACAGUGGCAGUACAUUGGAUGGCUCAUCAUUUACAUCUUGGCCUACCCGGUCUUCUCGUUUUUCCUGCCCAUCUACUCCUUCUGGCACAUGGACGACUUUUCCUGGGGUAACACACGUAUCGUCGUCGGCGAAAAGGGUAACAAGAAGAUUGUUGCUGGUACGGAUGACGAGCCGUACGAUGAUACGAUGAUUCCAGUCAAACGUUUCAGCGAGUACCAGCGAGAGGUUUGGGAGGAAGGAGCGGCUGCCUCGAUUCGAUCGGGCAUGACGGGUGCAAGUGGACCGUUUGGCAAUUCGCAGGCUAUCUUGCACAGUGGCCCACCUAGCUUGUACAAGGCUGGUAGCGCGUAUGCUGGCAGUGUUGCUGGAUCCGACUAUGGACAAGGCUUUGUUGGUGAUUACUACCAGAACACCAAUGUCAUUGCAAAGCCAGUGCACUCGCGUCAGACUUCGGCAGCGGCCUUGUCGCAGAUGGGUGGGAGUCAACCAGCGUCGAUGGUGUUUGGUGGUACACCUUCGAUGUACGGAAUGGCGGGGAUGGGGAUGGGAUCGAUGGGGAUGGGAUCGAUGGGGAUGGGAUCGAUGGGGAUGGGAUCGAUGGGGAUGGGAUCGAUGUACGGCAUGCCUGGAUCUUCGACGUCGAUUUAUGGAAUGGCGAAUCCGAUGAUGGGCAACGCGACAGGAUCAAUGUACGCAAUGCCACCGAUGCUUGGCAAUCCUCUGGCUGCCAUGUCGCAUCACUCGCCGGCCAACUCGGACAUUGGUCUCGCCAUGCCGCUCUCGCAGCAGAAUACGGGCAACAAGAACAAUGACAGCAACAUCUGGGCCCAGCAGGAGCAGCAGCAGCAACAGCAGCAGCCGAGCUCCGCAUCACCAGACGGAGGAGCCAGGCCGAUCUCGACCUACUCGGCUCUCAACGCAUCCAACCCCUUCGCCGCGGCACCUGCACCUGCCAGAGCUCUGCCGAUCAACGAUGCGGCCGAUCCAACGGAUGAAGAGAUCAAAGCGGCGGUUCAGACCUACUUGGCAAACCAGCCUAGCUUGAUGAAUGUCACCAAGAGAUCGGUGAGGGAGGCGCUGGUAGCAGCUUUCCCGAAUGCAGAGUUGGGAGGAAAGAAGCAGAUGAUCAACAAGGCUAUUGAUGCUACGCUGAGUGGUGGUGCUCAGGCGUAG